AGCCUGGGACUCAGUCCUAGAAUAUCAAGGUGUGUUUACUGACAGCCUCGCCCAAGCGCCAGCAGGCUCCGCCCAACCGAAGCCGAUGACUCUCCGGCCGUUCACCUCGACACUAAUCUCACACAUCCUCGUUGGAAAACUCCAGGACCCAAAUGACGAACCCAACCCACCCUUUGUCUACGCCACUCUGACGAAGGACGAUGUCAUUAUGUGGCGGACGUGAGCGGGCAUCGAAAAGCCGGAGCAGUGCGCGAUCUUCACACACGACAACCAGGCCAGUAUUCGUGUACCUGCCGAGAAGCGUCGGGGCGAUAUCGAUGAGCCAGACUCGCAAUUCAAAAGGGGUAAAUCCUGGCCGACGAAGUCGAACUCUUGGAACAUUGCACCAAGAGCAACAUGUCGGCCCUUGACUAUGCAGUCAUGCUUGGGUUCUCGAGUGGGGUUGAACAGGCUCAAGCUGCGCAAGCCAAGCAGAACAUACAGCAGAACCGGACCGCCCUGCAGCAAAAGAUGGCGCGAUGGAUGCAAGGUGUCCGCGGCGUAUUCCACCACCUGAUUUCACAUGCUGGUGCCACCGACGACAACGUUGACCUCUUCCUGUUCGACAAAUGCAUGUACAUGGGCAACACCAAGACGUGGAACCUGAGCAUCAGGAUUGAUGACGACGUCUCUUCGAUUUGGCUCGGUGGUUGGACUCGCACGACACACCAGCAUCUCAGGGGCCCAUUCUACCACCGCCUUGCUGGACAGGAGAUAUACACCAUAGCCAAUCUCCCAGCAUUGGCUGCGCUACACCCAGUCACUGCCGGCAACUUCGACACGAUUCCUGCGAAGCCCGAGUUUGCCGCCGAAGAGACUGUUCAGGUUUUCUACGGUGAUGUUGUGAAGAACAUCCCGAUCAACCAGCUCACGGCAAACAUGGCAGACGACAUCAAGCAGGACGUCAAAGAAGCAGUAGCAGAAGCUUCAACUGCUUCAAACUUAUCGGUUGCUGGGGUCCACAACGAGAUAACAAAGCUGUCUGGAGAGCUGUCAGCGCUCAAGUCAUACUUCGAGGUGCGGGCAGAGCGCUCCUUAACGCCACCAGCAAAACGGCGGCACAUUGAUUCUGGUAUAACCACGGAGCUGGACUACUCCGGACUUAAAUUUUUGCACGGCGAAGAGGUAGUACCAAAUGCGGAGGUACUGGCACUCGUCAGAGACGAGGCGAGAGCUUUUAUUGAGCUUCAUGGCGCCAGAUUCCCUGCAGGUGUACCAUUCGACGGUUGUCUUACCCAGACAGUACUCGGCAAAAAAGCAAAGGGGUACCGACGGAAUGAUCCAGUUGGGCAAUACGCGUGCAACAACUGCCGGGUUGAAUCAAGAGUCUGCAUGAGAAGUAGUGCAACUGAUUACCAUGCAGUUAGUCAAGGGUCGUCCAUGAGAAGGUGGAAGUGA